CCAUUUUCAUUUUACCCAAAGAAAGAAGGUUUGGAUACCUAAGCCACGAAGGGAAGAACGAAGACGCCUCAAAGAAUUGACUAUUUAUAAUUUAAUUGUCUUUAACCUGCGCCGUAUGCGUGUAAAUCUGCAUCUGCAAAGCUAGUGACGAACCGUGAGCGAAUUGCAGCAAGCAAGCAAGAGUUGAUUGGCGUCGGUGAUUCAACAAGUCUAACCAAUACCACUGACAAGCAAGCGCAUUAGGAACCCUGCGUCUGCUGGCUGAACAUUUCUAACAAUUCAUUAGAUAUAUUGCGUUGCAUAGCUCUAUUAUUUUUACAAGAUAACCAUGUCCACUGAUUUCACUAGGGAUACGGUAGAUUCUUUUGAUGACAGAAAGGGUGGCCAAAAGGGAGAUGAUGCUAUAUGCCGCGAUUUCCUGCGCAAUGUUUGCAGGCGAGGUAAUAAUUGUAAAUACAAACACCCAGAUACUUCAGAAGCUGAGAAGCUUGGUCUAAAACAGAAAUCACAUGUAUUCUGUCAUGAUUUUCAAAACAAAGAAUGCAGACGCCCCAAUUGCAAGUUUAUUCAUUGCACACGUGAUGAAGAAGAGUAUUAUAAAUCCACUGGUGACAUGCCUGCGCGGAUGGACCGGAUGUCCCCUGGCGUGCCUGGCAAUGAUUUACCAUCUGAUGGCGAUAUCCCAGUGUGCCGCGAUUACUUAAAGGGAGAUUGCCGCAGAGGCAUGAAAUGCAAGUUCCGACACAUGAGCCAGGGCGAUUAUGAUUUCUACAUGAGGGCCCGUCAGCGUGAUUCUUUACCGCCACCGCUGCCACCACCACGUAGUAGAUUAGAUGAUCUGUAUGAUCCACGGCGCAGCUUUGAUGAUUAUGAAUAUGAUAGGAUGCGUAAAAGGUCCCGCACUGAGCUAGAUUAUGGUUACGAGUUUGCAAGACCCAGAGGCCAUGACUACCGCGAGUUGGAGGAUGAAUGCAUGUUACUCAGGCGACGUGUAGAUGAGCUCAAGAAGCAAGUGUCUGAUCUCACAGCAACUAAUGAUGUUCUAUUAGAUCAAAACGCCCGCUUAAGAGCUAAAAUGCGUGCCAGUCCCACACCAAAUGAAAGAGGUCAGGUUUCUAGUUAUAGUCAGGUUAUCCCCUCAACCCAUGGUGUCAGUCAGCUUAGUAGUGUAUUAACGACUGCUCAGUCAGUCUUGACACCUGAGCAGCGCCAGUUAAUUGCGCAGGAGAUGCAACCGCUUGUGUCCAUUGCUCAAGCAAUAACACCAGCACCACCUAUUACGUCUAUUGCGCCAGCUAUGACUCCAGUCUCUCUCUCACAAAGCUUGCAGCAGCCUUUACUUAGUGACCCAAAUUCAAUGGUUACCUAUCCAAUAGUGUCUCAAAGUAUGCGCAGUAUGCCGCAAAGUAGCCUAUCUCAGUAAAGCGUACGAUUCAAAAUAAGAGUGGUUUUGCAGUGAAGAAAACUUUUCUCAGCAGCUGUAAAUUGCAUUUUUAGUCGCAACGCCAUGUUUUUUUUAGGUUAUGUUGCUUGCAUGACCUUGUAUAUUUUAAUCCAUGUUCCCUUAUAAUAGUGUUCUUGUACGGAGUAUUUUUUAAGUUAAAUUUCAAUGUUGUGAUAGCCUUGUCCUGUGAGAUGGUCUUGAAAACCUCAAUUAUUACAAUAUCUAUAAUUUUGUACACGAGUAUAUUCAUUGAGUAGAACUUAAGCCUUGACAGUAUAUUAGCAUUUAGUUAUCCACUGCAUUAACCUGGUAAAAAAGUACAUCUCUAGUAUCUCAUUUGUACCUACAAACUAGCUCUAUUAAAAACCUGUCCAAAUUGAUAUUUUGUUAAAUAUAUACCAACCUUUGAAUGUUAAUUUUUUUAUGUAAACUGCAUGCACACACUUUCAAAUACAGUACAUGAUAUAUACUCAACUUUCAUUUUUUUUUGCUAAAUCGCUGUUCUGCUUGUGGUUACUGCACACAUGAAGAAGACCUUUGUAUUUUUUCCUAUGUUUGCAGCAUCAACGAAAUAAAUGUUGCAGCUUUGUAGUACACUUUGAA